AAAUGGCAGAUUUCCUUCUGAAACUUCAGAAGCUGGAAGUGUAGUGAACCACUUCAGAAAUGGAGCACUGGGAUUCACUGGGGUUUUUGAUUAUCACUCUCAACUACAAUGUGACCAUUGUUGGAAAGAUCUGGCUGAUGUUAGUGAUCUUGCUGAGAAUGGCGGUGAUAGUGUUAGCAGGAUAUCCACUCUACCAAGAUGAGCAGGAACGGUUCAUCUGCAACACCUUGCAGCCUGGAUGCUCCAAUGUGUGCUAUGACAUUUUUUCUCCUGUCUCUCAUUUUAGAUUUUGGCUCAUUCAGACAGUGUCUGUACUGUUACCUUAUGCUGUGUUCAGUGUCUAUGUUCUGCAUAAGGUAGCCAUGCACCUAGCAAGAGCACACUGUUUGCUGUGUAGACAUAAAGGGAUUAAAGACUUCGCUAGCCACAAAGCUUUGAAGGAACCCAGCGGAAGUGCUGCCAUCACUAGACCAGCCUGUAAGACUGACUACUUGAGCAUCCCAGAUUUUUCUGGGGCUUAUACUGUUCACCUUUUCCUAAGGACAUUGGCUGAGGCUGCCUUUGGAGCUGGACACUACUAUCUCUUUGGAUUUUUUGUUCCCAAGCGCUUUUCCUGCUACCAUUCUCCUUGUACGAGCAUGGUUGAUUGCUACAUCUCCCGGCCCACUGAGAAAACUAUCAUGAUGAUUUUCAUCUGGGGAGUCAGUGGCCUCUCCUUUCUCCUUAGUCUUAUUGACCUAGCUUUUGCCAUCCAGCGAAUGGCAGUAAGAAAUCAGCCAAAUAAGCAACUGAUUACAAGUCUCCAUGAAGAAAAUGAGCUAAAUUCAGACCUGCCUCCAGCUGACAAGCAUGGAGGCUCUUCACCAUUUCAGGAAGACAGAGGCCAUCCACCUCCAGCAAUGAAUGAUAAUCCCGUCAGUGAAGGUUCUUGUUCACUCCUCUCUGAAGAGGAAGAAGAAUCUGCUCUUCAUCCUCACGUUCACUCCCAGCAAACUGCCAGCUCAAACCUUAACAGUAACAGCAACAAGCCCUACACAGCGGAUGGCCUUGCUGCUAAUCACACGGGCAAUGAAACACACUUACGUGGCGGCAAUCAACAAGGGAUUUCAUACCGGCAGUCAGGACUUGGGUACCAUCAGGGCUUCACCAAAGAGCCUGUCCUUGCUUUGAUCCCCCAGGCCAAGUCACCGCUCGGAGUUUAUUCCUCUGUAGUUCAGAGCAAGCUUUCAGGGCAAUAUUCAUCAGCUGAGCUAAAAGCAUCAGACGUGCAAUCAAAUUGUAGCAGUUCUGGUUACUUAAGGUCAAAAAAAUCUGAAUGGGUUUAAAGUCCAGUAGCUGAUCAGUGUCCUCGAUUAACACGUGCUUCAUAGCACUAUUGCUAUUGCAUUUCAGAUGAAUACCAUAAAGGUUAAAUCCAAUUCUUGCAUGUAAAAAAAAUUUUGCUAUGUUCCUUUGGUUGAACAAAGAGCAGGAAGCAAAACUUGCUGUGAUUAUAAUAGGAAUGCAUGGAAAUCUCUGAUAACACCUUGUUGCAGAUUUCAUUAAGAUAACUUGCUGUUUGGAGAAGAUAAUGAUUUUAAGCUCUCCUGAAUUUAAGUGAUCUUUUUAACAAGACCAUGGAUAGCUACUGAUGUGGCUAACCUUCUUUUCACAUAAACAUAAUGUACUUUUUCUUGCAUGUACCUAGUAUAAAGGCAAACUAUUCACCUUAGAAAUAGCAUAGGCUUGAAUUUUAAACGCCACUUUCCAUUGCCUGUUAUCCAAAGGUUAAUGAAUCUCCCACAUGAAAUCUUCAAGACCUUUCUAAAAAGGAUAUUACAUUGAACACCUCAUCUUCAGGAGUAUGUACUGCAUAUCUAAACCUCAUGCUUUGUAACAGAGUGCCCAUAUGUAAACUUAGAAAGAGAUAUGAUAUCCAUACAAAAGGCCUCUUUUCUCUGAUUAGUUCAAUUAAUCAUUCAAAAAGAAUUGCCCAUUGAAAUAGAUUAAAUUAGAGCUGAUCUUUUAGUUGUAAUGGUUUGAUCUUUACUUUUCUACAUUCAUUCUAGUAUGGCCCAGCACUUAAAGCACAAGACUAGGAAACCCAGAGGCCUGGGUUUCAUUCUAGGCACAUGGCCUUAGAAAGUUAUUCAGAGCAAGUUACUGAUAUGUAGCUACAGCUCAUCAUGGACAGAGGUGAAGGAGCCCAAGCUCAACGGGAGUUGUAGAGGAUAGGGUACCACACCGUUUCAGAGGACUGCGGAGAGAGAGGCUGGUUGUAGAAGAAGCAGGUUUCAUUUCUUCCAGGCUGGUGCAAGGGUUGUUUGGAGGUUAGAUCCAGCACACUUACUGCAGAACAAGUCACGUGUAAACAGUAAUGGCAGCUCUGCAGGGCUUUUGUGACUUAGCUGAAGGGGAAAGUAGCUCCUUGCCUGUCCUCUUCCCAUUUGUGCUCAUGUGCUAGAGACAAUCUUGUUCAUAAACACUUAGUUUCCACCUCUGCACAAUGUAAAGAAGGAUCCUAACACCUCCCAGGGGUAUUUAGUCUUAAUAACUGGGCAAAACUCACCCCGUGUGUCUGAAGGCAAAUUUUGACUUUACAGAGAAAGUGUUUUGAUUUCCCCAGAGAAUAUGCUAAAUACUACCUUAAUUGCUAUAAACUAAAUAAUAUUUCCCUUUGUUAGUUGAGCUUGUUCCAUUUUUCAUGUGUGAUGGUGACACAUUUUAUCAUUUCCUGGAUAGGAAUUAUAUUAAUUAUUAAACAGAUUGUAGACAGGAAAGCAUUAACUAUUUAGCUCUCUAGUCUCCAAGGUCUAUUGAAGGGGUAUGCAUGGAUUAGCCCACAAUAUCACAAAACAGUGCAGCACUUGCACCUUUUAUCAUUCAAAUGAUCUUAUCAGCAGUGAGAAGGAAUGCAAAAAACAAAUGUGGGUAGAGUUUGUCUUGUACAGCCCUCAAUCUGGUACCUAAAUAGACAAAUGCAUUAAUAAUGUAUGUGCUGUGACUGGACUCAGAGUGUGUUUAUUUGCAUAUCUAGUCUUUUAAAAAUAUAUAGCUAGAG